AUUUCGCUGUUGUUUGUAUUUUGGUAAUACUAGUAACCUAACUUAUUGUGUUCACAUUUACCUAAUAUUUGGUAGUUUUAUAUGUUUAAAAAUGUAUAUUUAUUAAUUAGAUAGUAAAAACAUAAGUGCUGGAAAUAUUUUUCAUUGAUAAUGGUGCCGUAAAUGCAAACAAAGAAAAAGUGCGAAAGAACAUAACCUCUCAAGGCAGUUAAUAAAAAAAUUAUUUUAUAUAUUUACCCUUUAAUUAUUUUAAUGAAUUACUAUAAAGAUUGCCAUUUUGUACCUCUUUCCUCACAAGGAAAUAUUUACACCUCUUCAUGUAUAAAAUUGGCUAAUGGAUUUAACAAAUUAUUGUUAGCUGCGUUGAAGAGAGAAGUUAUUUGCUUUGAAUAUCAAGAAAACUCAUCUGGAAAUUUGUAUUCAACUACCAAACACAUUUCUUUUACAUACAUUCCAAGUGGUGCUGAAAUUAUCUCCUUAGAUGCAUUUAACAAGUCAGAAAAUGGCAACGAUUUUGUUUUUGGAAUUACCAUAAUAAAGAAAGGUUUUGAUUUGAAUUCUACAGAGACAUACUACUUAAACAUUUAUUCAGAAUGGGAAGAAAGUGCCGAUUUGAACAUUGAAAGUAUAUCUCAAAACUGUUUGAAUAUAGAGUUAAAGUUUGUGCCCUAUCAUCUGACACACACGUACCUAAUAAGCAACAGUAAUGCCGCUACCUACAAAAAGGAGGUGGUAUUUUUACUUUCUGGUAGCGAUAUUCAGAUUCACGUUUACCGAGAGAAUCAAACCAAACAUACAUACAAAGAGAUUGAUUCUAAUGAUUAUUUUCCAGAAUUCUCUAAAUUACCAUCUGUAGUUACAUGGAUAGACGUUUUUUAUUAUGAAAAUGAUAAAGAAAGACUUACGGCGUUUGGCUGCGAAUGUGGAUAUUUUCGAAUUUGUAAGGUCUCGGUAGAUAAAAAAGAAGUAAUUUUCAGGUUCUCAACUCAAUUAGAUAAUAUCAUUUCUAAUGUUAGAAUAUUUACUGAAAACGACAGUGUAAGUGAUGAUCCAAAAAUCUCCAAGAUAUUCAGCUUUGUGCAGAAUGAACCUCCUAAUAAUUUAGUUUUAAAUGUUCUAGUAACAAAUACCUUGUUACCGUCCGUUAUUUUCAAGGAUGUUUUGAAUUAUGGCCUUAAAAAAUAUACCACCCUUCCUAAAUUUGAAACAACGGGGGUUAUAACGUGUUCAGAAGUGGCCGACAUUGAUUUCGAUGGAAAUAAAGAAAUUCUGUUUGGUACCAGUACACAGGAAGUUUUGGUAUACAAAAAAAUUUCCAGUAAUGGUUGGAUUUUAGAAAACAUAAAACAAUUUCCAUCACCAAUUUUUAACAUAAAACAUACUGACAUAACUGGGGAUGGUAUAAGGGAAUUAAUUAUCAUUAGUAUGAACGGCUUACAUAUACUACAGGCAAAUCUAAAUGUAACACGUGAAUUAUUUCAGAAAAAAAUUAAAGCCUUCACGCUUUUAUCAUCGAAACUUGACGUAAAUAACUAAUCUUUUGUAUUUAUUUAUUUGAAGGUUUAAGGUAAAAAGUGACUUCAAUGGAUUAUCAUAUUUUUUUUAAUGUACAUGC